AUGCGGGGAUACCUCUGCUGGAUUGUGGAAGGGAUAUUGGCUUUCAAACUAUGUUCUAGUUCAUACCGUGUAAAAGAACAAGACUUUCCUCAUUUCUCUUUCUGGAAUUUGCCAUUCUGGGUGAAACUCCUUCUGGAUGGGGAAGAGAUAGGUGGGAGGGUGGCGAAGCUGGAAAUCAGAUCAAAUAAGCGAGACCUCAUCCGAGGGGAAAUGAUUCAACUAAAGAUCCCUUUAUUAGAUCAAGUCACUAUCGGGAUGGCUAUCAGGGUUUUACCAGUCCCAGCAGAGCCUGUGAUGAAUACGGAUUUGCCCAGAGGCAGACAAAAUAUGCUUCUGCUCGUUUCCCCAUUCUAUUGGAGUGAAGGGAAAGUGUCUGAUCCUUUCAAUCAAGCGAUAGAGGCAGAGGCUUUACUUCUUCAGCCUACGCUAGGACGGAGCUGCUGUCGAGUGACGAUUGGCCGAGGGGAGUUCAAUCAUGAAGCUGGAGAACGCAAAGCUCCAGCAGGAGCAAACCCUGUCUGCCUUCUGGGAGCACAUGCCUCCUGUCGAGGAGGAGGUCCUGGUAAAGCGGAUACAAGAGCUCCGGGACCACAUCCGCGCUCUGGAAGAACGAAGGAGGAUUCUCAUCCGAGAGCACGAAUUUCUGCUUAUCAGGGCGGCCUCCAUCAUCCGCAGGAGACCUGGGGGAAACUACUAAGAAGUCCUUUGUUUUUGCUUUUCUUUUAA